GCUAAAUAUUCAUAAGCUCUUACAUCAUCAUCACCAAACAACAAUAGAUCAACAACACAGAGUACUUACUACAAUGGCAAAUUAUGAACAACAACCUCAUUUUGUUCUAUUUCCAUUCAUGGCACAAGGCCACAUGAUUCCCAUGGUGGAUAUUGCCAGAUUGCUGUCCAGACGAGGCGUCGUCGUGUCGAUCCUAAUCACUCCCGGAAACGGCAAAAGAUUCGAAACGGUCAUCGACCGCGCAGUUUCGUCCGGGCUGAGCAUUCGUCUCCUCCACAUCAAACUCCCCGGCGCCGAAGCCGGUCUCCCCGAAGGCUGCGAGAAUUUCGACAUGAUCUCUUCGAUGGACGAGGCGCUCAAAUUCUUCAAAGCCACCGCCAUGCUCAAAGACCAGGUCAAACAAAUCCUCCAACACCUCAAACCCUAUCCGAGUUGUUUAAUUUCCGACAUGUGUUACACGUGGACGACCGACGUCGCUCUAAGUUUGGGUAUUCCUAGGCUUCUAUUCCACGGGUUUAGCUGCUUUUCUCUCGUGUGCAUGCACGUUCUGGCGGCUUCGAAAGAUUUCGAAGACGUGGCUUCCGACACGGAGUAUUUUGUCGUGCCCGGCUUGCCUGAUAGAAUCGAGAUCACUAAAGCUCAGCUGAGGGGCACUGCUAAGGCAAUCGAUGCCGAUUGGAUCGACAUACGAAACCAGAUGCGGGAAUCCGAGGUCGAAGCACUCGGCACAGUGGCCAACACUUUUCAAGAACUCGAACCUCGAUACGUCGAGAAGUACAUGAAACUGAAAGAAAACAAGAAGCUAUGGUGUGUAGGCCCCGUUUCGCUGUGCAACGAAGACGAGUUGGACAAGGCCGAAAGAGGCAACAGAGCCUCGAUCGACGAGCACGAGUGCUUGAAAUGGCUCGAUUCUCACGAGCCAAGUUCCGUCGUCUACGUUUGCCUCGGAAGCUUAUCAAGGAUGGCCACCUCACAGCUGAUAGAGCUAGGUUUAGGGUUGGAAGCAUCGAAUAAGCCCUUCGUUUGGGUCGUCAGAAAUGCGUCGGCCGAGUUGAAAGAAUGGCUGUUGGAGGAGAAAUUUGAAGAAAGGGUCCGCGAAAGGGGGCUCUUGAUCCAAGGGUGGGCCCCACAAGUGCUGAUUCUCUCACAUCCGUCGGUGGGAGGCUUUCUGACGCACUGCGGGUGGAACUCGACUCUCGAAGGAAUCACAGCUGGCCUGCCGAUGAUGACGUGGCCGGUAUUUGCCGAGCAGUUUUGCAACGAGAAGUUCAUCGUGAGCGUGAUAAAGACGGGAGUGAGAGUGGGCGUCGAGCUGCCGGUGCUGUUUGGAGAAGAAGAAAUGAUUGGAGUGCAGGUGAAGAGUGAUGACAUAAAGAUGGUUAUUCAUAAGUUUAUGAAUGGUGAAGAUGAAGAAGUUAGAGAGAGGAGAGAGAGAGCUCGAAAGCUCGGUGAAAUGGCGAAAACUGCGACGGAGGAAGGGGGGUCGUCGUACCACAGCAUUACACAGCUUAUACGAGAUAUCGCUUUGCACCAUGCCGAUAAUAAUAACCAUGAAAACCAAUCUGCAAAUGGUCUUAAGUUAGAUAAUGAGAAGUCUUUUAUAGUUCAAUGAUAUAUGAAAUGUAGCAGUUAAGUGUUUCAAUGCACUUGGAAUGAUUAAUGUUGUAUAUUUGGCAUUUCAUUUAUGUAUUUCUCAAUAGUUUAAUUUAAA